AUGAGCCUUUAUUUUAAAGCACAAAAUCCUGCUUCUUUUUCUUUUCAAUGUUAUUUAAUAUACUCUCAUGAGCAUAGAGGUUUAGGAGGAAGCAUAACACAAGAAUGGAAAAGUUUUGUAGAUG